AUGGCAGACAAAAAGGAAACUGGGCGACUCCCCGAAUCGGACAUCCACAGCGUGGAUACCGAAACCACGCCCAACGCCUCCCAAGAGGAAAUCGUUGUUGCGCCCAUCAAGACGUGGAAGGGUUACGUGUGGGAUACAUGGGAGCUUCCACCGGAGCAGCGUUGGAUGCUCUUCAAAGUGGACGCUUUCGUGCUCACCUUUGCUUCCAUCGGCUACUUCCUCAAGAACAUCGAUCAGACCAACGUCAACAAUGCGUUCCUUAGCGGCAUGAAGGAGGAUCUUAACAUGUUCGGCAACGAGCUUGUGACGAGCACAUCUAUCUGGACCGUGGGCUACGUGAUCGGCCAGAUCCCGUCUAAUCUGCUUCUCACCCGAGUCUCGCCGCGAUGGGUCAUCCCCUCGCUAGAGGUUGGAUGGGGUGUUGCUACCAUUUGUACUUCGUCGGUGAAGUCGUAUAAAGCUCUUUACGGUCUGCGCUUUCUCGUGGGAUUAUUCGAAUCUGGCUUCUACCCGGGUAUCCACUAUAUGCUGGGAUCGUGGUACACGCCCAGAGAAAUCGGCAAGCGAUCCAUGAUUUUCUGGCUGGCUGGUUCUAUCGGCACGAUGUUCAGCGGUUUCCUACAGGCGGCCGCCUAUACGAACUUGCACGGAGUCCAUGGACGCGCAGGAUGGCGAUGGCUAUUCAUCAUCGACGGAAUUAUCACGCUACCCCUCGCCCUUGCAGGCUAUAUCUUCUUCCCCAACCUGCCACAGGAUGGUAAGAGGACAUGGUGGACCACAGAGAAGGAGCACAUUCUCUCCGUGAAGAGAAUGGGCGCUAUCGGACGUGUCGGCAAACAACCUUGGACGAAGGCAAAGGUUCGAAAGAUUCUGUUCAAUUGGCACAUUUAUAUCCUUCCGAUGCUUUAUGUCGUCUGGAACAAUGGUUGGCCCCAGGCGGGUAUGGGCUAUUGGUUGAAGAGCUUCAACGUCGAACCAGCCCCAGUUCCAGGGACAUCCUUCUCCAUCCAGGAUAUUAAUAACUUGCCAAUUCCCACAACCGCUAUUUUCGUCGGCAUGGCUUUGGUUUGGGCUUGGCUUUCUGAUGGUCCCUUCCGCGGCGCCCGUUGGCCUUUCAUCUACGCAGGUGCUAUCAUUACGAUCAUCUUCACGGUUGUCCUACGACAGAUGGAUCUAUACUCGGACGUUCACGGCCGCAAGAUUGUCUAUUGGCUGAGUAACAUUGGUCUUGGUGCAGGUCCUCUUAUCCUAAGCUGGAUCAACGAGAUCUGCUCCGAUGAUACCGAAAAGCGAGCGUUGCUUGUUGCCAUGGCCAAUGACUUUGCUUAUGUUGUACAGGCUGUGGCACCCAAUUUCGUAUGGAAAACUACCGACUUCCCUGCAGCUAGAAAGGGCUAUACUUGGUCGAUCAUCCUCCAAAUCUUGCUCAGUAAGUCAUUUCCGAGGCAUCGAAGUGCUUGA